AUGCCCAGCGCACCCGGGCUCCGCGCCCUCUGGCUCUGCGCCGCGCUCUGCGCCUCCCCGUGCGCCCCCCAGCCUGGCCCGCGGCCCGCCUGCCCGGCCCCCUGCCGCUGCCACGAGGACGGCAUCAUGCUGUCGGCCGACUGCUCUGAGCGCGGGCUCUCGGCGGUGCCGGGGGACCUGGACCCCCUGACGGCUUACCUAGACCUGAGCAUGAACAACCUCACGGAGCUCCGGCCUGGCCUCUUCCUCAACCUGCGCUUCCUGGAGGAGCUGCGUCUCUCUGGAAACCGCCUCUCGCACAUCCCGGGACAGGCGUUCUCUGGUCUCUACAGCCUGAAAAUCCUGAUGCUGCAGAACAACCUGCUGGGAGGGAUCCCCGCCGAGGCGCUGUGGGAACUGCGGAGCCUGCAGUCUCUGCGCCUCGAUGCCAACCUCAUCUCCCUGGUCCCGGACAGGAGCUUCGAGGGGCUGUCCUCCCUCCGCCACCUGUGGCUGGACGACAACGCGCUCUCCGAGAUCCCCGUCAGGGCCCUCGGCAAUCUCCGCGCCCUGCAGGCCGUGACCCUGGCCCUGAACCGCAUAGGCCACAUCCCCGACCACGCCUUCCGGAACCUGUCCAGCCUCGUGGUGCUGCAUCUCCAUAACAACCACAUCCAGCACCUGGGGACCCACAGCUUCGAGGGGCUGCACAACCUGGAGACUCUAGACCUGAAUUACAACCAGCUGCACGAGUUCCCCGUGGCCAUCCGGACGCUGGGCCGCCUGCAGGAACUGGGUUUCCAUAACAACAACAUCAAGGCCAUCCCCGAGAAGGCCUUCCUGGGGAACCCUCUGCUGCAGACGAUACACUUCUAUGACAACCCGAUCCAGUUCGUGGGGAGGUCGGCGUUCCGGUACCUGCGCAGGCUGCACACCCUAUCUCUGAAUGGUGCCACGGACAUCCAGGGGUUCCCAGAUCUCAAAGGCACCACCAGUCUGGAGAUCCUGACCCUGACCCGUGCGGGCCUCCGGCGGCUCCCCCCGGGGAUGUGCCAGCAGCUGCCCAGGCUCCGUGUCCUGGAGCUGUCUCACAACCAGAUCGAGGGGCUGCCCAGCCUGCACGCCUGUCAGAAGCUGGAGGAAAUUGGCCUCCAGCACAACCGCAUCUGGGAAAUCAGAGCUGACACCUUCCGCCAGCUCACCUCCCUGCAGGCCCUGGACCUGAGCUGGAACGCCAUCCGGUCCAUCCACCCCGAGGCCUUCGUGACCCUGCGCUCCCUGGUCAAGCUGGACCUGACGGACAACCAGCUGACCACGCUGCCCCUGGCCGGGCUUGGGGGCCUGGUGCAUCUGAAGCUCAAAGGGAACUGGGCUCUGUCCCAGGCCUUCCCCAAGGACAGCUUCCCCAAACUGAGGACCCUGGAGGUGCCCUACGCCUAUCAGUGCUGCUCCUACGGCGUCUGCGCCCGCUUCUUCCAGGCCUUGGGCCGACGCGCGCCCCACGGCCCUCACCCUGACGACCGGGACGCUCCCAAAACGCCCGUGGGCCUCCUUGCCGGCCCAGCCGAGAGCCGCUAUGAUGUGGACCCGGACGAGCUCCAGCUGGAGAUGGAGGACCCCAGGCCACACCCCACUGUCCAGUGCAGCCCUGUUCCAGGCCCCUUCAAGCCCUGCGAGCACCUCUUCGAGAGCUGGGGCGUCCGCCUGGCCGUGUGGGCCGUUGUGCUGCUCUCCGUGCUCUGCAACGGGCUGGUGCUGCUGAGCCUGUCCGCAGCCGGGCCCGGCCCCCUGCCCCCGGUCAAGUUCGUGGUGGGGGCCAUCGCAGGGGCCAACACCCUGACUGGCCUCUCGUGUGGCCUCCUCGCCUCGGUGGACGCGCUGACCUUCGGCCGGUUCGCGGAGUACGGCGCCCGCUGGGAGUCGGGCCCGGGCUGCCGGGCCACGGGCUUCCUGGCCGUGCUGGGCUGCGAGGCCUCGGUGCUGCUGCUGACCCUGGCCGCCGUGCACUGCAGCGUGGCCGUGGCCUGCGUGCGGGCCCGAGGGAGGGCGCCGGCCCCGGGCAGCUUGCGCGCGGGGGCCCUGGGCUGCCUGGUGCUGGCGGGGCUGGCGGCCGCCCUGCCACUGGCCUCCGUGGGUGAGUACGGGGCCUCCCCGCUCUGCCUGCCGUACGCCCCGCCCGACAGCCGGCCGGCCGCCCUGGGCUUCGCCGCGGCGCUGGUGAUGCUGAACGCCAUCUGCUUCCUGGCGGUGGCCGCAGCCUACGUGAGGCUCUCCUGCGACCUGCCCAGGGCCGAGCUGGAGGCCGUGUGGGACUGCGCCGCCGUGCGCCACGUGGCCUGUCUCACCUUCGCCGACGGGCUCCUCUACUGCCCCGUGGCCUUCCUGAGCCUGGCGUCCGCGCUGGGCCUCUUCCCCGUCACCCCCGAGGCUGUCAAGUCCGUGCUUCUCCUGGUGCUGCCCCUGCCCGCCUGCCUCAACCCCCUGCUCUACCUGCUCUUCAGCCCCCACUUCCGGGAGGACCUGCGGCGGCUCCGGCCCUGCCCCGGGGCCCCGGGGCCCCUCGCCCUGGAGGCCGCCGGCCAGCUGGAGCCGAGCUCCUGCGACUCCACCCAGGCCCUGGUGGCCUUCUCGGACGUGGAGCUCAUCCUGGAGGCCUCCGAGGCGGGCCGGCCCCCCGGGCUGGAGACCUACGGCUUCACCUCCGUGACCCUUGCCCCCUGCCAGCAGCCCGGGGGCUCCCGGCCGGAGGGCAGCCACUUUGCGGAGCCAGAGGGAACCCGCUUUGGGAACCGGCCACCCGCCAUGGACGGCGGACAGCCGCGGGGGGCUGAGGGGGCCGUGCCAGCGGGGGGAGUCCGGGCGGGGGCCGGGGGCUCUGCCUCGGCCUCACACUUGUAA